CAGGCCGCCCGGGUGGCGGGAGGGGACUGCGAGGGGCAGAGUGCCGGGCCCGCCCGCUCCCUCCCGCCCGUCUGGGACUGCAGACCUCGAAGCCUGGACGGGGCGCGCGGGCUGGGCGGGGCGGGGGCACGCUGACCGCGGUCUCUGUGCGUCCCGCAGGAGGGGAGCCCGCGCCACCGCGCCCGGGCGGCGGGCGAUGAUCACCUAGGAGGCUGGCGCGAGCAGCAGAGGAGCCGGGCGCGGCGACACGCGGCCAUGGAGCGGGAGCCCGCGGCGGCCGAGGAGCAUGCACCCCCGAGACGGCGGCGGCGUUCUCGACGAAGGCGCUGGGAGGACCGGACGCGCACGGUGCGCUCCAACUUGCUGCCUCCCCUGGGCACAGAGGACCCGGCGGCCGGAGCCCCCAAGGGGGGGCGGCUGCUAAUACGCGGCUGCACCCAGCACCUGGCCGACAACCGUCUCAAGACCACCAAGUACACGCUGCUGUCCUUCUUGCCCAAGAACCUCUUCGAGCAGUUCCACCGCCUGGCCAACGUGUACUUCGUCUUCAUCGCUCUGCUCAACUUUGUGCCAGCGGUGAACGCCUUCCAGCCGGGCCUGGCACUGGCGCCUGUUCUCUUCAUCCUGGCGGUCACAGCCAUCAAGGACCUGUGGGAGGACUAUAGCCGCCACCGCUCGGACCACGAAAUCAACCACCUGGGCUGCCUUGUCUUCAGCAGGGAAGAACAGAAGUAUGUGAUUCGAUACUGGAAACAAAUCCGAGUGGGCGACUUUGUCCGUCUUCACUGCAAUGAGAUCAUACCUGCGGACAUUCUGCUGCUGUCCUCCAGUGACCCUGAUGGGUUGUGCCACAUCGAGACUGCUAACCUGGAUGGAGAGACCAACCUGAAGCGACGGCAAGUGGUCCGUGGCUUCUCGGAGCUUGUCUCUGAAUUCAAUCCUUUGACGUUCACCAGCGUAAUCGAGUGUGAGAAGCCAAACAAUGACCUGAGUCGGUUUCGUGGCUGCAUCAUCCACAGCAAUGGGGAGAAGGCUGGACUGCAUAAGGAAAACCUGCUGCUUCGAGGAUGCACCAUCAGGAACACAGAAGCGGUGGCUGGCAUUGUCAUCUAUGCAGGACACGAAACCAAAGCCCUGCUGAACAAUAGUGGGCCCCGCUACAAGCGCAGCCAGCUUGAGAGGCAGAUGAACUGUGAUGUCCUCUGGUGUGUCCUUCUCCUCGUUUGUAUGUCUCUAUUUUCAGCAGUUGGACAUGGAUUGUGGGUACGGCGCUAUCAAGAGAAAAAAGCACUGUUUGAUGUUCCCGAGUCUGAUGGCAGCUCCUUAUCCCCAGCCACGGCUGCGGUUUACUCAUUUUUGACAAUGAUAAUAGUUCUGCAGGUUUUGAUCCCGAUUUCCUUAUAUGUUUCCAUUGAAAUUGUUAAGGUGUGCCAAGUAUACUUCAUUAACCAAGAUAUAGAACUGUAUGAUGAAGAGACAGAUUCGCAGCUUCAGUGCCGAGCUCUGAACAUCACUGAAGACUUAGGGCAGAUACAAUACAUCUUCUCAGACAAGACUGGCACUUUAACUGAGAACAAGAUGGUCUUUCGAAGAUGCACUGUAUCUGGCAUAGAAUAUUCUCAUGAUGCCAAUGCCCAGCGACUGGCCAGGUACCAAGAGUUGGACUCAGAAGAGGAGGAAGUGGUGCCCAAGGUGGGCACAGUAACCCACCGUGGCAGCACUGGGAGCCAUCAGAGCAUCCGAAUGAAUCACAAGAGCCAAAGUAUCAAAUCCCACCGGCGCUCAGGCAGUCGGGUUGAGGCCAAGAGAGCCAGCAUGCGGUCUAAGCACACUGCCUUCAGCAGCCCCAUGGAGAAAGACAUUACUCCUGACCCCAAGCUGUUGGAGAAGGUGAGCGAGUGUGACAGGUGCCUCGCCGUUUCAAGGCACCAGGAGCACCCUCUGGCCCACCUCUCGCCCGAGCUCUCUGAUGUUUUUGACUUCUUCAUCGCACUUACCAUCUGCAAUACAGUAGUUGUCACAUCUCCAGAUCAGCCACGACAAAAGGUGAGGGUGAGGUUUGAGCUGAAGUCCCCAGUGAAGACCAUAGAAGAUUUCCUUCGGAGGUUCACGCCCAGCCGCCUGGCUUCCGGCUGCAGCAGUAUCGGGAGCCUGACCACCAGUAAGUCCAGCCACAAAACUGGAUCUGGUUUCCUGCCCAGCCUGUCUCAGGACAACAUGAUUCUCAGGCUGGAGGAGAAGCUAGACCAAGUAGCACCAGCCAUUGCCAGCAAUGGCUAUAGCAGCCAGGCGGCCCAGGCAGAAGGUUGGACCCCAGAAUGCACUCCAGAGAAGUGCCCUGGGGAGCAGGCGAAGCAGCAGGAACGGGAGCUGCGCUAUGAGGCCGAGAGCCCGGAUGAGGCUGCACUGGUGUAUGCAGCCAGAGCCUACAGCUGCACGCUGGUGGACCGACUUCACGACCAGGUGUCCGUGGAGCUGCCUCACCUAGGCAGGCUCACCUUUGAGCUGCUGCACACGCUUGGAUUCGACUCCACCCGCAAAAGGAUGUCGGUGGUGAUCCGACACCCGCUGACUGACGAGAUCAACGUCUAUACCAAGGGGGCCGAUUCAGUGGUCAUGGAUCUUUUGCUGCCAUGCUCCUCAGAUGAUGCCAGAGGAAGGCACCAGAAAAGGAUCCGGAGUAAAACACAGAAUUACCUCAACCUUUAUGCAGUGGAAGGCCUGCGAACUCUGUGCAUUGCUAAGAGGGUUCUGAGCAAGGAAGAGUAUGCUUGCUGGUUGCAGAGCCACAUAGAAGCAGAGGCAUCUGUGGAAGGCCGUGAAGAGCUCCUCUUUCAGUCUGCGGUUCGCCUGGAGACGAACUUGCACCUGCUGGGUGCCACUGGAAUAGAAGACCGCCUUCAGGAUGGAGUUCCUGAAACCAUCGCUAAAUUACGACAAGCCGGCCUGCAGAUUUGGGUCCUCACAGGUGACAAACAAGAAACAGCCAUUAACAUUGCAUAUGCCUGCAAACUGCUGGACCAUGAAGAGCAUGUCAUCACACUGAAUGCUGAGUCUCAGGAAGCAUGUGCAGCCCUCCUGGACCAAUGCCUCCAGUAUGUGCAGUCCAGAAUCUCCCAAAGCACCCCUGAGAAUACUGAAAGCAAUGUGAGCGUGGGGUUCUCUUUCAACCCAGCCUCCACAUCCACUGGCUCCAGCCCCAGCCAAAGCCUUGUGAUUGAUGGGAGAAGUCUGGCCUAUGCCCUUGACAAAAGCCUGGAGGACAAAUUUCUCUUCCUUGCCAAGCAGUGUCGCUCUGUCCUCUGCUGCCGGUCAACCCCUUUGCAGAAGAGCAUGGUGGUUAAGUUGGUCAGAAGCAAGCUCAAGGCCAUGACCCUGGCCAUAGGUGAUGGGGCCAAUGAUGUCAGCAUGAUCCAGGUGGCAGAUGUAGGCGUGGGGAUCUCAGGCCAGGAAGGCAUGCAGGCUGUGAUGGCAAGCGACUUCGCAGUGCCAAGAUUCCGGUACCUGGAGAGGCUGUUGAUCGUGCACGGACACUGGUGCUACUCCAGACUGGCCAACAUGGUGCUGUAUUUCUUCUACAAAAACACAAUGUUUGUGGGCCUCUUGUUUUGGUUCCAGUUUUACUGUGGCUUUUCUGCAUCUGCCAUGAUUGACCAGUGGUAUCUGAUUUUCUUUAAUCUGCUCUUCUCAUCGCUUCCCCAGCUCGUGACUGGGGUGCUGGAUAAAGACAUUCCAGCCGACAUGCUGCUGAGAGAGCCCCAGCUUUACAAGAGUGGCCAGAACAUGGAGGAAUACCGGCCACAAGCAUUCUGGCUAAACAUGGUGGACGCUGCCUUCCAGAGCCUGGUGUGCUUUUACAUUCCUUACCUGGCCUACUAUGACUCCGAUGUGGAUUUAUUUACCUGGGGGACCCCUGUCACAGCAAUAGCACUGUUCACCUUCCUGCUGCACCUGGGUAUUGAAACCAAAACCUGGACCUGGCUCAACUGGUUAGCCUGUGGCUUCAGUACGUUUUUGUUUUUCUCCGUGGCUCUGAUCUACAACACGUCCUGUGCAACAUGCUAUCCUCCAUCUAACCCUUACUGGACCAUGCAGACAUUGCUGGGUGACCCUCUGUUUUACUUGACUUGUCUCCUCGCGCCUGUCGCUGCCCUGCUGCCCAGACUGUUUUUCAAAGCUCUCCAGGGGAGCCUUUUCCCUACCCAGCUCCAGCUGGGACGCCAGUCAGCCAAGAAAUCUGCCAGCAAAUUCAGUGCUCCCAAAGAGACUUCGACUCCGGGACAACCACCUGGAGACUCAGAAACUGAGCUUUCAGAGAGGAAGACCAUGGCACCUUUUGAGUCCCUUCCCAGGGAUUGUGCCUGUCAAGCUCCCCAGCUCUCACAGCAGCUGGCCUGCUCCCCAGAGGCCAGUGGGGAGCCCAGUGCAGUGGAUACAAACAUGCCAUUAAGAGAGAACACCUUGCUGGAAGGACUGGGCACUCAGGCUUCAGGGCCCUCCAUGCCUGGGGAGGCUGUCUCCGAAGAGUUUCCCGGUGACUCCAAGAAGAAACCCACCAGUGCUAGCCAGACAGCCUCCUUAUCGUCACUGUUCAAUCUGCCCAGCUUUGGCUCACUCAGCUGGAUCUCUUCCCUGUCACUGGCCAGUGGGCUGGGAAGUGUCUUGCAACUGUCCAGAAGUAGUUUGCAGAUGGACAAGCGGGAUGGUGAAUUCCUGUCCAGUCCCCCACAGACAGAUCAGGACCUACACAGCUUACAGGGACAAGUCACAGGCUACUUCUAGUAUCACCUCCAAAGGGUCACAGCCAAUUGUGGUGACAAAGAAAUCCUUGAAAUAGCCUUUUUAUUCUGUAACAGAUGUUAAUGUUAUUUAUGUUUAUUAUUUGCACAGAAGAGUUCUAGGAAGAUGUAUUUUUUAAAUGUUUCCAAGACAAAUAUAGGAAACCCGAGGUACCAAAAAAGAAAGUUUAUUUUUUAAAGUUCUAAGUAGAGUAUACUGAUGAAAAAAUAAGAGCAUAUAUCUUUAUCUGUCUAUCUGUAUAUAAAGUUUAAAGAAGAGUGACACUUGGAAAGUGUGUCUAGAUUUAUUUUUUCAUCUCAUUUUGUAAGGAAAAGCAAUGUGCUUUGUUUCCUCAGCAUAUGUGGCCCUGGCUUUCUGCAAGCAGGCAUAAACAUGUGACUAGUCCAGUGACCCCUAGGGUGGCUCUGAUGGGGAUGGACACAGGACCAGGAGGAAAGAAGGCGGAGGGGAGGGGAGGGGAGAGUGUGUGACCUUUGAGGCAAAUUCCUCCAUUGGCUUCCAGUGUUACCAACAGCAAAAGGAAAGUGAAAACUCAAGAAAAACUCAUGUGAAUUUCCUGCCAACACUCAGUUCCAUACAGGCAUUUCAUAAAGGUCACUUCAUAGGUCCGACAGCUCCAAUGUCAUGUGUGUUUCUUGCUAAAAUCCCCACAUGCAAUAAAUAACCUCCACUUUGCAAA